UACCUCGUUUGUGAUAUGGCAAAUUUUUCGCGCGAUAGUGAGGUAAAUUGUCAGUCGACCAUCAACCAUCGGUACGUGCGUAUUAUAAAGAGAUUUGGUGUCAAAUUGACUUUUUGUUUGGUGACUAUGGAGAGUACUAUGACAGAAUUCGAAGAAAACGUGUCCUUCGAUAUCGAUGACCCGGACUUUGCACCAUCAAAUACUACUAUUGCUCAUAAUAUCCUUCGAGGCAUGCAAUUCACUGAUAUUACAUUUGGCGUCAAUAAAUUUUUAACUCGUCAAAACAACAUGUCUGUGACUACAACCGUGCAACCAGCUACUGAGAGUCUUUCUCGCCAUGGAAGCAACAUUUCUUUGUCCUGCCACAGUUCGUGCGGAAGCGUUGACGAUGGCCUCCAAGGAUCUCAUCCUCAGUAUCAGGAUACGAUCCUUACUAUUGAGGAACUUCGUGCUCAAUUGAAUUCUUGUUUCACAUGCGGAGUUUCGUGGAGCGAAGAACACGUCUCACUCGAUUGUAGUGAAUGUGGUGGUUAUUCCCUUCAACGACCGUGCCCACUUUGUGACGGACGUUGCCGCACCUCGUGGAAACGCGACCUUACUAUGUCCCAUGCCAGUGGUAAAGCAAGAUGGAUUGGUGAAUGUGGACUGAGUUGCGGACCUUCUAUCGAGGAACCAUUGGUGCCCGCGUUGGAAAAGCUACGAGCUACUUCGUGAACGGUGUUCAACGACGAAUACAUAGAAAGACGUUGUCGUAUAUCGUCAACAAUGCACAAGACUUAAUCCAUCACCAUCCAUAUAGCAUCACCCCCACCACCAUUGUGCGAGUUGAAAACGUGUGAAUGUAGAUUCUGGAUGCAUAGAUGAUACAUUAUGUUCCUCAGAAGCAAGAACGGGGACAAAUAACAUCGGACAAUGAAACCGUUCUUUUCCCAUGGCUUCCUGUUUGACGAUGGCAUUACGUUUGAACGAUCCAUUAGCGAAGAAUCUUAUUGUCAGAGCUCUAGCGAACAUCGCUACUUUCAUAAUCAUGUAUUAAAGCGCCAUCUGGAUUUAAAAAGGCGAAAAAUUACUAUGCGGAAUUUUCGCUAUCGACGAUGCUUCUUGAUAGAUCCAUAAUUAAGAAUAUAAUGCAAUAUGACGUUCGAUAUCUUUGUAUUAUUAUAAAUUUCGAAUCAUAUUUUAUUCGAAAUGUAUAUUAAUUGUUGCGGCAAACUUCGACACGUAAUUUCAUUAUUUUAACAAUUACACAAUUCUAUAUAAAAUGUCACGAAAUAAAUUAGGAAAAUGGUUUUAAAUUUUAAAAAUUGAUUUAAUGAAUUGAUUUAUUGAUUUUUAAUAAAUUAGUAAUUUGGUAAUUAUUAAAAAAAAUUAAUGAGAAUUAUAAUUAUGUUUUGUUGAUAUUAAUGCUUAGUUAACAUUGUUGCAAAUUUUCAAAUUGCGUUUUAUUAUACAUACAUAUUUUACUGUAACGAAGUGUUGCAAUAUUUUGACAAAGAUAGCGAGAAGAUACUUGUACGAAAUAGUAAUAGAUCGUGAAUAAGUUGUUCUAUUCUAAAUCAUCAUCGCAUUCAUAUCAUUACGUUUUACGGAUCUGUAAUAAGUAUUCCCAUGUUUAGCUUGU